AUGUUUGGCAUGAACCUCGCCAUUCCCUUGGGGAUAACCCGGCGUGGACUAUACAUAGCCACCCUUUUGGCAGCUGUGUUCCUUGUGUUGCUCCCGUUUUCCGUGAUUGGGUACCAUGAGUUUUAUCGAGGACUUAUUCCUAAGAGCUCUCCUCGAAUCCCUCUUCGAUUCCACAAGUCAAACUCGAUGGCCGUCGAUGUUACCGCAACCAAAGUCCCCGGUCACAUCUUUAAGUUUGAUCCGCUUUUAAGCUAUAAAUGGCAGAUCCAUUUGAAUGUUGUGUGUGGGGACUCUUUACAGGGACGCGUGGUCCAAUUGGACUGGCUGGUGUAUCAGCUGGAAGAGGUGUAUUAUGAGGACACUUUCAUUCUCGAUUGUGACGCCAGGUCCAUUCAUUCAACUAAAAAUCGAUUUGUGCCUUUUAACCUCCGUUUUUGGGUACCUCCCGUGGUCGUCGACAUCAAUCGUGAUGUGGAUAUCCUUUUGGACAAGUUCCACAUGCCGGGUCACAUAUUGGCCAAUCCUCUAGACAAAUUCACCAUUCAGGUUGAGCCCACUCCCGGCCUUCUCAUCAACAAUGAAAACUCAUACUUGGAUUUCCAAAUCAAAUUCACUGGUUUCCGCUACUACUUGCGCAGACACUACAUUUUCUUUGGCCUCAUAGGCAUUCUUGCUUGUUGGGGUAUUAAUUCGCUGAUCGCAGUCACCACAGCCCUUUUAGUUUUGGGUACUCUGAAUGUGGAAGAGAGUGAGUACGACUUUAAGAUGAAGGACAAUAUGCCUUUGGACAUGGAAGUAGUGAAAGAGGAAGAUGACUUAUAUUAG